AUGCGCUUCUCACUUCCUCUCUUCGCGUCGGCGCUGAUAGCUGGCGUCAGCGCUUCAAAUGUACUGGAGCUUCUUCCAGAAACCUUCGACAGCAUCAUCGGAAAGGGAACACCAGCGUUGGUGGAGUUCUUUGCGCCCUGGUGUGGUCACUGCAAGAACCUCGCGCCUGUGUAUGAACAACUUGCAGACGUCUUUUCACACGCGAAGGACAAAGUUAUCGUCGCCAAGGUCGACGCGGAUGGUGCUGGCAAACCGUUAGGAAAGCGAUUUGGAGUAACAGGAUUCCCAACUCUCAAAUGGUUUGAUGCUGAGGGCAAGGAGGUGACUUACGAAGAAGGCCGUGACCUCGAGAGUCUAUCAAAAUACAUCACAAAGAAAACCGGCGUCAAGUCGAUUCUUCCCGUUCCGCCGCCAUCUGAUGUCGUCACUCUCGAUCUGAACAACUUCAAUGAAAUUGCGCUAGAUGAGUCCAAAGAUGUUCUUGUCACCUUCACUGCUCCCUGGUGCGGUCAUUGCAAGAACCUCAAGCCUCAUUACGAGAAAGUUGCCACGACAUUCAGCCUCGAAAAGAAUUGCGUUGUUGCCAACCUUGACGCCGACGACAAGAAGAACGCUGAUAUAAGCCGUAAAUACGAAGUCACUGGUUUCCCCACUAUCAAGUUCUUCCCGAAGGGCUCGAGCAACAAGAUGCCUGUUGACUACGAAGGUGGACGCACGGAAUCAGAUAUCAUUGCCUACCUGAAUGAGAAGUGCGGGACUCAACGUGCUGUGGGUGGAGGGUUGAACGAUGAGGCCGGUCGCGUUGCAGAAUUUGACGCCCUAGCCCAUAAGUUCUUCAAGGCAUCAGGAAGCGCCCGUGAGUCGGUGUACAAGGAGGCCCAGAAGUUGGCCGCAAGCGCCGGUGCACUGUCCAAACAUUACAUCCGUGUUAUGGAGAAGGUAGCCAACGGCUCGGCGGGCUAUAUCGAGAAGGAAUCUAAGCGAUUGGCCAAAAUCCUGGAGAAGCGUAACAUGUCACCGGUGAAGCUCGACGAGAUUAAAAUCAAGGCCAACGUCCUGAAGUCGUUCCUCGAGGAGCGCGUCGCCGAAGCCAAGGAGAAGCUCGGGCGCGCAGACUCCGAGUUGUAA